GUGAAUUCGACGAUAGAAAGAAAACAGUGCAAGAUCGUAAUGGACGUCGUUUGUUUAGAUCGUGUCACCGAAAAAUCGCAUCGAAUUUGACGGUCGUGUUUACUUUAAUACGCUGUUUCAUGAAUUAAAAAUCGUAGAGUGUGUCGAGUUCGAACCAAUAGAAGGAUUUGUAGGGGGUUAAUCAAGUGCGCGCGAUAAAACAACGAUGUGUACGAUUUGGUGACUGAAAAACAUACAGAAAUACGCCGGGGUAAAUGUUGUAAAUAGUGCGUAAGUGUGGUUAUUUAGUGGUGUGUGAUUUUUUAAGUUUAAAUCAUGGAGACUCAUCAUCACAUUGAACGUGAAGGAGCUUUAGGCGGCCUUUUUCAGACAAUUAUUCAGGAUAUGAAGAAUGGAAUGCCAAUAUGGGAGGACCUCAUAGCCAAAGCCACCAAACUUCACUCAUCUUUGAAAGCCACGAUAUUGGCGGUUACAGCCUACUUGGAGGCUUUCCAAAAAAUCGCCGAUUCCGCCACAAAUGCAAGAGGUGCCACUAGAGAAAUAGGAACCGCAUUAACUAGAAUAUGUCUUAGACACAAGGCCGUCGAAUCAAGGAUGAAAACUUUUACUAGCACUAUAAUGGAAUGUCUUAUAUUGCCACUACAAGAAAAAUUAGAAGACUGGAAGAAAACGGUAUUAAAUUUAGAUAAAGAACAUGCAAAAGAUUAUAAAAGGGCAAGAAAUGAACUCAAAAAACGUUCCACCGAUACUUUAAGACUACAAAAAAAGAUGAGAAAAAGUGCCGGUUUAGACCUCCAGAAACGUUUAGAAUGUGGACUACAAGAUGUAACUGAAAGAAGACAGCUUUUAGAAGAAACUGAAAAACAUGCCGUCAGAGCUGCUCUUCUGGAAGAAAGAGGAAGAUUUUGUACCUUUGUUGGACUACUCAAACCUGUAGUGGAUGAAGAAGUAGCCAUGUUGACGGAGAUGGGUCAUCUCCAGGAAGCCGUUCAGCAGCUGGAAAAACACACAGCUGAUCCGGCCGUUCUUCCGCCAGCUUCAGAGCAAGUGAUAGCCGAUUUAAAGAGUUCCGACUCUGGUUGGUCGUUUCAAACACCACCAUCAUCACCGUCGAGUUUGGGCUCCAGAAAAUCGUCGAUGUGCUCUAUAAGCUCUCUGAAUAGCUCUUCAUCCGGUAGCUCCAAGAGCCACCAUUCGCCAAGUCAUCCGCAUUGGCAGAGAAGUUUGUCCCAGCCUGUAGGUCGUAGUGGUACAAUAAGGUACAUGUCUGUGUCCAGUCAGGAUUCCGGAUUUACAUCGCAGGAUACCUUGUAUCCAAGACCGCCUUCGUCUUUUAGCAUUGCCCAGGUAUCCAAUAUGUCGGAACACAGUACAAACAGCAGCAGUUCUAGUACACCCUGCACACCGUUUCCGGCAACUGUUAUUCCCACCUCCACAUCGACAUGGCCGAAUCUUCAAGAAACCAUACAAUUCGAAAGGGCCGCUUCGGCUAUCAUAAGCGAUCGUCCACAUACAAUUUCAUCAGCAUACGAAAAAGGUCACCAACGUCCCCCGCUGACUGUGUACACUUUCCAAGCGCCAGAUCAAAGUUUAUCUCAACCGGCCAGUCCGGUAACUUCCAUAACUCCAACGGAGAACUGUCCCAGACCCAUACCGCCAAAAAGUCCUGCGCCGUCGGUUAAGAGUUUGCAGAUUAAGCCUCCACUGCCAACGAGGUGUUCUUCCUUGGAACGACCCAACGGGCCACAUGUACCUGCAAAAACAAUUGCUGGAAUGCAAGGUGUCAGAGUUUUGCCUUCAGCUGCUGAAGCUGUGUUGAAGAAGCCCUCAGGGUUGCCAGCUCACCUCUCCAAGAGAGAUAUUCCCCAGCCUACCUACGUAAACAUGCACGAAUUAGCAAACAUGGCUGCCAAUAAAGUGCAAGAAAAAAAUAAUUUCCCCCCACCACCAGCUGAGUUUAUAAGCCCACCAUCCAAUGAAAAGACACCAAUUGAAGGAGAAAAAGAUGGCAGCACCAGCGAAAGUUCUUUAGAAUCUUCAAGUGGUUAUGGAAGUCAAACCACUUUUACACCUGAUGAUACUGCACAUAACGACGAUGUUAACGAUACGGCUAGCAAAUAUUGCACGCUACCAAGAAACAGCGACCUUCUUAAUGCAGCUAGAAGAAGACCUCUUUCCAUGACAGCCAUGGGUGGUGGUACUAUGCGCAAUACGCUUCUGCGCAGAGGCUCUAUGCAGACUAAUAAACCCCCACCACCGAUAAGACGAACUUCCUCCAUCACCAACACGAAUACAAUUGGACAACUAAGCUCCAUGGGAAGCUUGGAGAAUCUCCCCCCUCCACCGGCUUUCCUUCUAGAACCAAAUCAGAAUAACCAGCCGGCCAAACCAGGGAUUGGUAAGAAAUGUGUGAAUGUAGCUGAAACAGUUAAGGCUUUGACAGAGCUAAGACAUACUCCAGCAUCACCGAAUUCCAUUAGGAGAAUGUCGGCAUCGUCGCAAUCUUUAUACCAAACAACCGGCAACAAUGCCAACCUAAUAACGCAGCAACCUGCGCAGAAUUCUGUUUUCAGCACUUUCCAACAGACCAACCAAAAGGUUUCCUAUGUAUCCCAGUCUGGAGGUGUGGUUUACGCCCAACCCUCCCAAAUUAUAGGAGGAAGCCCCAAUGCAGUGAGAAGAAUUAACAAUUUUAGAUCUCAAAGCGCAGAUAGAAAACCAGAAGGACCGGGUGGUGUAUCUUCGGGAUUCAUAGCGACAUUAAGUGCAAAAUUGACGCCGACUUUAAGCCCCAGAACUUCGCGAAGACAUUCCGAGGACAUGGUUCAAGUGAACUUGGGUCAGCAUCAACAACAGAUGCAAAAACGCGGUCCCGGGCAAAGUUUUUUGGACUCUUUGAACGCCAAAUUAAAUCAGCAACAUAUCGGAAAUAAUUCUCCAUCUACACAGCUGAAGGCGAACAAAAUACGGCAGAUUAUUAAUAGUAAAGCUCAACCUGAUCCAAAGGUUUGCCAUGAAUCUUUAAUGGAUCAGAUAAAACGAGGAGCAACUUUAAAAAGAGCAAAAAUUGUCAAUGAUCGUUCAGCACCGAAAAUAUACUAAAAUAAAAAAAAUAUCGACAAAAAUCUCCAAAGAGAACCGUAUAAUUAUAUAAUACAGGAUGUUUCACUAAAACAAUACCUAAAAUAUUAAUUAUUCUAAAUAUCUGAGUAGAUCCAAAAACAAUAUAACAUUAUGUAUCUUAGUUUGUAGUCUGUGUAUAAAAUUGUUAUUCAAACCAAUUAUUAAGCCCAGUUAGGCCAAUUAAAGAAAAAACUGAUUUUACGCAUUAUUUGACAGUUAAAACAAUUAACCUAACCUUAAAAUUUUCAAAACAGAUUACAGUUUUCUAACCUAACAUACUUUUCCAAGAUGGCCGAAUGUUUUGAUAUUUAAACCACGCCGACGCCAUCUUGGAUCAACUAAUUAAUCAUUUUAACGUUUUCGGUGGUAAAAUUCGUUUUUUCUUUGAUUGUAUGUUCAUUAUAUCGAAAAAUAAGCAAUUAGUGAAGAAAAAGAGUUCAAUUAUAUUUGUAGUUCGCUGUAUUUAUUAACGUCCAUUAUUAUACGAAUCUUGACUGAAUUAUUUUUAUAUUGCAUAGUCUGGAAUAGUGCGAAAUUUCUAAAUAUUCGACUUUUGGAUUUUUUGCGUAUUUAUUUUCAAGCCUUAUCAAAAAUACUAGUAUUAUUCUAUAGGACUGAUGUUUUUGUAGUUAUGUUUUAUAUUAAUUUAUUUUUAUUUCAUUACUAUUUUAAGUAAAA